AUGAACCUGGAGGGCGGCAGCCGAGGCGGCGAGUUCGGCAUGAGCUCCGUGAGCUGCGGCAACGGGAAGCUCCGCCAGUGGCUGAUCGACCAGAUCGACAGCGGCAAGUACCCCGGGCUGGUGUGGGAGAACGAGGAGAAGAGCAUCUUCCGCAUCCCCUGGAAGCACGCGGGCAAGCAAGACUACAACCGCGAGGAGGACGCCGCCCUCUUCAAGGCUUGGGCGCUAUUUAAAGGAAAGUUUCGGGAAGGCAUCGACAAGCCGGACCCUCCUACCUGGAAGACACGUUUACGAUGUGCUCUGAACAAGAGCAAUGACUUCGAGGAGCUGGUGGAGCGGAGCCAGCUGGACAUCUCCGACCCCUACAAAGUGUACAGGAUCGUCCCUGAGGGAGCCAAGAAAGGAGCGAAGCAGCUGACCCUGGAGGACCCACAGAUGCCCAUGAGCCACCCCUACAGCAUGCCGGCUCCUUACUCCUCACUCCCAGCUCAGCAGGCUCACACCUACAUGAUUCCGCCCCACGACCGAGGCUGGAGAGAGUUCGUCCCUGAUCAGCCCCACCCGGAGACCCCGUAUCAGUGUCCUGUGACCUUCGGGCCUCGCAGCCACCACUGGCAAGGCCCAGCCUGUGAAAACGGUUGCCAGGUGACAGGAACCUUUUAUGCUUGUGCCCCGCCCGAGUCCCAGGCCCCCGGGAUCCCCAUAGAGCCAAGCAUAAGGUCUGCCGAAGCCUUGGCCCUCUCAGACUGCCGGCUCCACAUCUGCCUGUAUUACCGGGAAGUCCUGGUGAAAGAGCUGACCACAUCCAGUCCCGAAGGCUGCCGGCUCUCCCACGCCCACACCUACGACGCCAGCAGCCUGGACCAGGUCCUCUUUCCCUACCCGGAGGACAACGGCCAGAGGAAGAACAUCGAGAAGCUGCUGAGCCACCUGGAAAGGGGCGUGGUCCUCUGGAUGGCCCCCGACGGGCUUUACGCCAAGAGGCUGUGCCAAAGCAGGGUCUACUGGGAUGGGCCCCUGGCGCUGUGCAGCGACCGGCCCAACAAGCUGGAGAGAGACCAGGCCUGCAAGCUCUUUGACACGCAGCAGUUCUUAUCAGAGCUCCAAGCCUUUGCUCACCACGGCCGGCCUCUGCCAAGGUUCCAGGUGACGCUGUGCUUCGGGGAAGAGUUUCCAGAUCCCCAGAGGCAACGGAAGCUCAUUACUGCUCACGUCGAACCUCUGCUAGCCAGACAGCUGUAUUAUUUUGCUCAGCAAAACAGUGGACAUUUCCUGAGAGGCUACGACAUACCCGAGCACGUCAGCAGCCCCGAGGAUUUCCACAGGCCCAUCCGCCACUCCUCCAUCCAAGAGUGAGAACGCCAAGACCAGAGACGUUGCUUCAUUGUAAAUACUCGACUUGGAAAACAGCUGACUGAACCCCUACUUCUUCUUUUGAGGAAUGUGGAAAUUGGGGCUUCAGUCCCACAC